AUGCAAACGGUUAGUGCCAUAUUCAGAGAGCCGGUGCAACAAGUUCUGGAGAAAGUUAAAAAUGAGCCUUUCUUCAAAUGGCCGAGUAAAAUGGUCGGAGACUCCUCAAAGCGCAACCCGAACCUGUAUUGUCAUUAUCAUCAAGACCACGGGCAUACCACCGAGGAUUGCAGGAAUCUAUGGAAUCACCUGGAUCAGUUGGUUCGAGAAGGAAAGUUACGCCACCUUUUACGCCACUCCAGCGGUCAUCUGGGCCAGGCAGUUCAAGAGCCUCGGAAAGAUGUAUCUUUUAGACCUCCCAUAGGGACGAUACACAUCAUCCUCGCUACCCCAGGGAGAAUCGGCUCUUUUCCCUCUAGGGUACUGUCCGUGGCUCGGCUCCCCGCCAAAGAUGGUGGGAUGGAGUCCAAAAGAUCUAAAAAGGGAAACUCACUAAUGUUGGGGUUCUCGGAUGAGGAUAAGGGGGGAACUAUCCAACCUCACGAUGAUGCUUUGGUAGUUACAUUGAGGAUUGGAGGGUUCGACGUGAAGAGGGUACUAGUAGAUCCGGGUAGUGCAGUGGAAGUGAUGUACCCUGAUCUGUACAGGGGGCUGAACCUAAAGCCUGAGGACUUAAUGGCUUAUGACUCUCCUCUUAUAAGUUUUGAAGGGAAGACUGUCAUACCAAAAGGGCAAAUCAGAUUACCCAUACAGACCGGAUCAAAGGUAGUGGAGGUGGAUUUUAUCGUGAUCGACGCCUACUCACCCUACACGGCCAUAGUAGCCAGACCUUGGCUCCACGCCCUAGGAGCUAUGUCUUCUACACUUCACCAGAAGGUAAAAUACCCGUCGAGGGGCCAAGUAGAAGAGAUUGGUGGAGAUCAAACCAUGGCUAGGCAAUGCAUGGUAGCCGUCAUCUCACACCAGUCCAAUGCCGAGUCCUCGGCUUCUGUGAAGAACUUAUAG